UAAUAGCAGCGACGCUUACUUUCUGUUCUUCCACCACGGCUUAAACCUCCGGCGAUUCCCCCGAUCUGUUCCACGACCUCGCCGCCGCACCACCUAGCCAUGGCCACCGCGGCGGAGCUGGAGGCGCAGGGCUUCCGCCCGCUCGACGAGACCUCCUUGGUGGCCUACAUCCGCGCCACGCCCGCGCUCGCCGCCAGCCUCGGCGGCCGCGUCGACGCCCUCGAGGUCAAGGAGGUCGGCGACGGCAACCUCAACUUCGUCUACAUCGUCCUCUCCGACGCCGGCUCCGUCGUCGUCAAGCAGGCGCUGCCGUACAUCCGCUGCGUGGGUGACUCAUGGCCGAUGACGCGGGAGCGGGCCUACUUCGAGGCCUCCGCGCUGCAGGAGCACGGCCGCCUCUGCCCGGACCACGUGCCGGAGGUCUACCACUUCGACCGCGCCAUGUCCCUCAUCGGGAUGCGCUACAUCAAGCCGCCGCACAUCAUCCUCCGCAAGGGCCUCAUCGCCGGCGUCCAGUACCCGCUGCUCGCCGAGCACAUGGCCGAGUACAUGGCCAGGACCCUCUUCUUCACCUCCCUCCUCUACAGCUCCACCACGGACCACAAGAAACGAGUUGCUCAGUACUGUGGGAACGUGGAGCUGUGCAGGCUCACAGAGCAGGUUGUGUUCUCGGACCCGUACAGGGUCUCCAAAUUCAACCACUGGACCUCGCCGUUCCUCGACAAGGACGCCGAAGCGGUUCGAGGGGAUGAUGGGCUGAAGUUGGAAAUUGCCGAACUAAAGUCAAUAUUUAUCGAGAGAGCACAGGCUCUGAUUCAUGGAGAUCUCCAUACUGGUUCCAUCAUGGUGACCACAGAUUCCACUCAAGUGAUUGAUCCGGAGUUUGCCUUCUACGGCCCGAUGGGUUACGACAUUGGCGCUUUCUUGGGGAACCUGAUUCUGGCAUACUUUGCGCAGGAUGGCCAGGCUGACCAAGCAAAUGACCGUAAAGAUUACAAGGAGUGGAUAUUGAAAACCAUCGAGGAGUCAUGGAAUUUGUUCCAACAGAAAUUUUUGGGACUGUGGAAUAAACACAAAGAUGGGAAUGGGGAGGCAUUCCUGCCCGCCAUAUACAACAACCCGGAGCUUUUGAGCGUUGCACAGAAGAAGUACAUGACCAGUCUGUUUCAUGAUAGUCUUGGAUUUGGUUCGGCCAAAAUGAUCAGGAGAAUAGUUGGAAUUGCUCAUGUCGAGGAUUUCGACUCGAUUGAGGAUGCCAGCAAGAGAGCAUCCUGCGAGCGCCGUGCGCUUGAUUGUGCUAAGGCGAUCCUGAAGGGACGACGCCAGUUUGAGAGCAUCGAGCAAGUAAUUGCGCACAUCCGAUCAAUAACUCACGACUAAGAGAAGGCCAACACUCUAUUUUGUGGUUCUGGUCGAGGAGACCCUCUGGAGUCUGGUCUGUCAGAGUUUAUCAUGAUCGACUACGCACGUUCUAUUGAUGGACUCACCUUGUAAAAAACACCAUUCAGGGUCUAUCUAUGGUUUUUUUGUAUUGGGAUGGCGACAAAACCGCCUUCGAAAGUGUUGAGACCGACCUGGGUGUAUUUCUAGUGUACUGCAGGCUUUCUGGAAUAGCUGUUAGCUGAAUAAGUGCAGUCCCAAUGCUGCACCGACCUGUAUCUAAAGCCUACGAACUACUCGCUCUGUUUGGGUUUGUUAAUUGUUAGUAAAGGAGAGCUAAAUGGAAGGACCAAUGCUUCAUUUGUUUCCUUAA